AGUUCAGUUUCAGAGCAAGCGGAGUUUGGAGCGUUCCACCUGCUGCGUGCGAGCGCACUUAUCGGGGACUUAUAUAUAUAAGGAGAUCUUACGAAACCGUUAGCACAUUCGGACUAUAGCCAGUACAGGAAGUUAGUUGUCACACGUGAACUAAAACCAAGAUGCUGUUCAUCCUGAUUGUUAGUGUUUUGUUGCUGACAUCGACAUCCUUGAGCAGUCCAGCUGUCGAGGGUCAACCCAGACCUCAGGAUAUUCGUUAUGAUAUGGAAAUGGCUAAUAUGCCCAAUUCUUAUAAAUUUUCAUACGACAGCGGUGAUGGCACUUCACGAUCAGAGCAGGGUUCAAUAUUAAAUCCUGGUACGCCGGACGCGGCCCUCAAUGUUCUUGGUACAGUUCGUUGGUUCGAUGACAAGGGGCAACUUUACGAAAUGACAUAUACAGCGGGUAAACGAGGAUACCGCACAAGUAUAAAGAUUAUUUCUUAAUAAGAAAUGUAUUAGGUAUCAUAAAUUAAUUGACGAGACUGUGAAAAUAAUUUAUUUUAAAUGUGUAGUAAUAAUUAUUGCAGAUAAGCAAAAAUAAUUUAUUUUAUAAUUUAAGUUGUCUCAAUAAGGAAUAUUAUAAAUAUAUUUAUUUUAUUUCA